AUGUGUAUGUACGAGCAUCUUCUCUUUUUAUGUGUUUCCGUAUAUGUUGACUUGACUCGACGGGUUGACAACGCAAUAAAAAGACGGGUGGAACGUUCACUGCAAGUUUGGCAGACAGCCUUCACGGGCCUGUUGGUCGCGUCCUCCGACCACAUGCCGCCCAGCGGGGUGCAACGCUCGUCAACAAUAAGGUGCAGCCACCGUCACCGGCCUCAGCCCACUUAG